AUGAUCAAGAUCAAGGUUGAUAAAAUGGAAUACUUUGACAAAACUGAUACAAGUAACUGGUCUCUUUUGGGAUAUCUCCGAUGGAGAUUAAACUUUUCGGAUUUUUCCAAUAAAUUACACGAACAUAGAGUUUUUUUCGACUUGGUCAAAGAUAUUUGUGAUGAAGGCGGAGAAAGAGGCGAAAGGGCGAAUUCGAUAUGGAGAGACUUUAAG